CCACGCGCAAGCAGCUCUUUAGUCUGUACGUAAACUAGUGUUUGGUGUACCACGCUGACUGACGAAUCGACAUUUUCGUUAACAAUUGGGAACGAUAAUUGCCCUCAAAACAGCCAGAGCUAGUCCCUUUUUCAUCUCCAACUUAGAUUACAUCAACGGGUGAGUGAUAACCAGAAUUUUAAGAGAUCUUCACAUUCCGCGAGACAAUCGAUCGGUGGACAUAACCUAGGUCUCCAUUUUGGAGCGCAAUUCUCGGGGAAAUCGGAGUUGAAGGUCAUUUAGUAGUGGAUUGGAUAAACAAUUGAGGAAAAAUUCGGGGGAAAAUGAGUCCGUUGAACAGAGGGCCUCUGUUGGGUCCGCGAAUGCCACCGGCAGGAAUGCGUCCACCACCGCCUAGAUUUGGUAGAUUACCAAUGCCAGGAAUGCCACCACGCAUGCCACCACCACCUAUGCCACCAAUGGCGGGUAUGUUUGGGCCCAUGAGACAGAGGAUGCUACCACCACCACCGAGACCAGGGGGUAUGAUGAGACCCGGUGGGCCACCACCUCCACCGCCCCUCUUUGGGCCGAGAGGAAGAGGUCCACCGCCUCUGAUGAUGCCUAUGAUGGGGCUGAGGGGAAUGGGACCAAGGGGUCCACCCAUCAGACCUGGACCCAGGGGAAUUCUUCUACCUCAGGGACCGCCUCACAUGAGACCCAGGUUUCCACCCGGCAAUGGUAAUCUGAAGGCCAAGGCUAUGAAUAAUGCCAAGAAAGUCAGCAAAUUGGAGGAGCUUGAAUUAAAGAAACCGUGGAUGACAGACGAGAUUCGAAGUGAAAUUCAAAAGAAAAACAAACUCUAUGCCAAAGCCAAAAAAAAUAAGGACGCUAAAGAAUGGGAGGAGUUCAAGGAUCUGAGAAACAAAGUAACCAGAAUGAUUAGGGAUGCCAAGAACGAGUAUCUUGCCAAAAACCCAGAGCAGGCUGCCUUGUACCAAGAUGAGACCUAUUGUGAUAUAAGAGAUGAGAAUUAUACGAGCAAUGAGGAGGAUGAGUCUUACUACUGUGAAAUAUGUGAUCGUGAGUUUGAAACUGAAAAAUUACUCGAUCAGCACAAAAAUACCCAUCGAAUUUGUGGUAUCGAUGGUUGUACAUUUUCGGCUCAUCCGAAGUUAGUUGAAAAACAUAUCACGAUGCAGCAUUGUACUGGAUUGUACCACAGGAUGAAGAAUAUUAAGACACCCGAGGAAAUUGAGAAUUGGAUUGCAGAGAGGAAAAGGAAAUACCCAACCGAAUCAAACAUUAAGCUGAAGCAAGCUGAGACUUUCGAAAAGAAAGAGCGAGGUGAAAUUAUCAAUGAGACCAAAGGUAGAUAUCAGCCCACUCAGACUAACCACCCAGUACGUGAGAAGAAACGUAGGAGGAAGAAGCGACGUUUCGUCGAUCUCAAACCAGAACCUGAAGUCGACCAAGUUAUCGAGAGCUGCAACGGUGUUCAACCAUUCAGAGGCACAAAAUCAUUAGUGGAAAUCGAGGAACAACUCCCGAAUGCUGAAGAGGAAGUCAGCAGUGCAUCAGCCAUUCAGUUCAUUGAGGAUGAGGAUGACUUAACAAUGCCGAUUGUCUCAAAGACUCCCGUCAAAGCACUCGGUAGUUUAGUAGCUGAUUAUGGAAGUGAUUCCGAUGACCCCCCUGAGGAAGUACCAAUCAAGAAAAUGAAACUAGAAGACCCUGAAGUACCUGAUUGUGUCCCGUCCCCUGUCAAAGCUCCCGUAACGAAAGAAAAAACCACUGGCGACGAGCUUUCCCGGGAAAAGGCUCGGAAGACAUUGGACAGACCCUCACAUCAACCGAGAAAAUCGCAGCAGCAACCGAAGAGGUCAAUGCUUUUGGCGCGAUUGCUCUCGACAUCCAUACAACACGAACGUAAUUACAUAUGUCAGUGUAUAAAAUACAUAGUGGAUGCGAAUUUUUUCGACUAACGAUUAAAAUAAAAAUCAUUAUAUUUUUGUAAAAUAAAACAAGUUUAUUACACUAA